AUGAGCAUGAGUUUGGGUGUCCGUGGCCUAGCGUUAAGGUCCGUUUCUAAAACAUUAUUUAGCCAAGGCGUUCGUCGUCCUUCAAUGGUAAUUGGAGCCCGUUAUAUGUCCUCCACUCCAGAAAAACAGACAGAUCCAAAAGCGAAAGCUAACUCUAUCAUCAAUGCUAUUCCAGGUAAUAAUAUUUUGACAAAAACCGGGGUUUUGGGAACCUCUGCUGCUGCUGUCAUUUAUGCGAUUUCAAAUGAAUUGUACGUUAUCAACGAUGAAAGUAUUUUAUUACUGACUUUCUUAGGUUUCACUGGUUUAGUUGCAAAAUACUUGGCCCCAGCAUAUAAGGAUUUCGCUGAUGCGAGAAUGAAGAAAGUCUCCGAUGUUUUAAAUGCCUCGAGAAACAAACAUGUUGAAGCCGUUAAGGAUAGAAUCGACUCUGUCUCUCAAUUACAAAAUGUUGCUGAAACUACAAAGGUUUUGUUUGAUGUUUCCAAGGAAACUGUUGAACUUGAAAGUGAAGCUUUUGAAUUGAAACAAAAGGUGGAAUUGGCUCAUGAAGCAAAAGCGGUCUUAGAUUCAUGGGUUAGAUAUGAAGCUUCUUUACGCCAAUUGGAACAAAGGCAACUAGCAAAAUCUGUUAUUGCUAAAGUUCAGUCAGAAUUGGGAAAUCCAAAAUUCCAGGAUAAAGUUUUACAACAAUCUAUAUCUGAAAUUGAACAAUUGCUUUCCAAAUUGAAGUAA